AUGUCAAUGUCACUGUUCAGUAUAUCACAGUAUGUCACUGUUCAGCAUGUCAAUGUCACUGUUCAGUAUAUCACUGUCACUGUUCAGCAUGUCAAUGUCACUGUUCAGUAUAUCACUGUCACUGUUCAGCAUGUCAGUGUCACUGUUCAGUAUAUCACUGUUCAGUAUCACUUUGCAUGUACCACAGUUACUAUUUCAUUUCUGUUACAUCUUCAGGAGUACAUGCUGGCAGAUAAGAGUAUGCCCAUUCUCCCAGUGGCAUUUUCUCUUAUGGCAUCAUUUAUGUCUGCAAUCACCAUCUUGGGAGUGUCUAAAGAAAACUACAUGUUUGGAACUCAGUUUAUAGUUAUCAACAUUUCGUACAUCAUCUCGACUCCUAUUGUGUGCUACCUCUAUUUGCCCGUGUUCUUCAGGCUGCAAAAUACCAGUGUGUAUGAGUACUUGGAAAGAAGAUUUGGGAUGCUGUGUCGACUGUGUGCUUCUUUAGCCUUCUCUCUCCAGAUGACACUCUAUAUGGGAAUAGUGUUAUAUGCUCCAGCACUUGCUUUAUCAGCUGUCACAGGAAUUUCUAUCAACUGGUCAAUCAUCAGCAUUGGGGUGGUGUGUACUUUCUACUCCACUCUUGGAGGAAUGAAGGCUGUCCUAAUAACUGAUGUCUUCCAAUCAUUGCUCAUGUUCGCUGCAGUAUUUGCAGUGAUCACACAGGGUGUGAGAGACUUUGGUGUUAGAGAUAUUUUCAAGAUUGCUGGUGAAGGCAACAGACUGGAAUUUUUCAAUGUGUCACCUGACCCACGUACAAGACACACAAUAUGGAGUUUGGGUAUCGGUGGGUGCUUCACAUACUGCUCACUCUAUGGGGUUAACCAGGCUCAGGUCCAGAGGCUUCUUACUAUUAAAGAUCUUCGCCGUGCUCAGUCGUCACUUUGGAUCCAGUGGCCCAUUCUGACUCUCUUGAGUCUUUCUACAUCAUUUGCUGGGCUGGUGCUUUAUGCUCAGUACCACACAUGUGACCCAAUGAAGAAUGGCCGCAUCACUGACUCCGACCAGUUGCUACCACUCUAUGUGGUGGAGACGAUGGGAAUGGUGCCAGGGCUCUCAGGACUCUUUGUGUCUGGAAUAUUUAGUGGGUCGUUGUCAACUGUGUCGUCCUCCCUAAAUUCUCUGGCUGCUGUCACUGUCCAGGACUAUAUUUUGCCUUUUGUUCCUAGUCACUACGGACUAAGGGAGAAGCAAGCAACAAAAAUCAGCAAGGUAUUGGUAAUUCUGUAUGGCAUCAUCUGCAUGGCUGUAGCAUUUUUAACUCAGCUGGUUGGAACAGGAGUCCUUCAGGCCUCUCUCACAAUCUUUGGUGCUGUUGGGGGACCUCUGCUUUCCCUCUUCACGAUGGGAAUGCUCUGCAAGUGUGUUAAUCAAAAGGGUGCUAUGACUGGACUUUUUGCAGGACUCAUCAUUACUCUGUGGAUUGGCUUUGGGCAUCCAAAACCAGUACCUCCAUUUAAGCCAGUUUCAACUGAAGGGUGUGCAUCAUUAAAUACUACUAUAGGUGUACUUGAAGUGAUUCCGCUUUCAUCAGUAUCUUCGACAAAUAAUGAUAACGUUAGUUCCACGGAAAGUAUGGUAAAUUUGUCAUCUGAUCUCUCCGACCCCAGUGUAUUGGCUCUGACAACUGUGCUACCAGCUGGGACAAAAGAGAUUCAAUUGGUACCCGAGGUGUUGAUGGAAGGGGAUUCCCCUUCCAAACAGAGUACACCAUUCCUGCACGAGCUGUAUGCUAUAUCCUACAUGUGGGUAGCAACAAUUGGAUUCCUUGUAACUCUCCUAGUGGGUUUGGUAGUCAGUCGAGCCACAGGAGGAAAUGAUAUGUUAGAACCUGACUUGUAUGCCCCUUGGGUAUGUCCCCAGAGAACUAGUGCAACAGCAGAGAGUUGUGAAGAAAAGCCUGACCUUAUGAACAAUGCAGAAUUUGAACCAGUCUCUUCCUCAACCAAACUAAAUCCUGCAGCUGGGGAGGUGACCCAUUUUUAAUACGAUUUGAUAUCAAAAGCUCGUGACUGUUUUUGUAACCCUUUGACUUGUAAAUGAAGGAAAGGCUUUGGUUCAGUCCCAUGCAGAUGAAGAUAAGUUGGAAAGUUUAAAUCUUGUUGUCCCUGUUUAUCUAAUUAUAAAUAGGUUACUGGGUGUAGCUAAUUGUUGUGAGCCAUAUCCUGGGAUGAUAUGUGGUGUAAUUUAGAUAGAACUGGGCUUUGAUUUUUAGAAUUAACAGUAUAAAAAAAAAGUGAAAGAUAAGGUAAAGAAGUGGAAGUGAUUAUGAUCUAGUAGAAUAUACAGUACUGCAUUAUAUGCAAGAAUCAUGAACAAGCAACACAGAAUGCAAAACAACUCCACCUGUGGUUGUUUUGGAUAAGACUGCAUGUACAAGAAAAAGUAAUGUUAAAGAUGGAAGAGAGAGAAAGAUCAUUGUCUUAAAGAGCUUUGAGGUUAUAUAAUUAAUUUAUUCAUGUACACAGUGCAAUUUAGAUUUAUAAAUUAUAGUGCAGUGCAGUAUGUCCCAGCAUUUAUCAACACAUGGAUAGUUUUCAAAUUUACACACUGAAUAAAGAAGUGUAAAACUGUUUAUUGAACUUGAACCAGUGUUAUUUAUUUUUAACCCAUUUCUGUUGAUGUUUAUUGUAAGUGUGUUUAAUAAAAUCUGGUGACAUGUCACUGCUGGUAGUGCCUACUGUCACUUUUUAUCAAA